AUGAAGAACACAACACGCUUCGGGAUAGUCCUCGGGAUCAGUUGCGUAUUCUUUGUUUCGGAGUUAGUUGUGGGAUUGAGAACGCGUUCAUUAGCUUUGAUUGCGGAUAGCUUCCACUACCUAUCGGAUCUAGUUGCAUAUGUCAUCGCUUUCACUGCCGCUUACCUCCGCGAACACGGCAGAAGAUUGCCUGGAUGGACAUACGGAUGGCAUAGAGCUGAACUUGUCGGCGCCUUCUUCAACGGCGUUUUCCUCCUCGGUCUCGCACUCUCCAUCUUCCUUCAAUCGAUUGAACGCUUCUUUAACCCAGAAAGCGUCGAUCAGCCUAUCGCUGUUAUUUCAUUAGGUGGCGUUGGUUUGGUGUUGAAUAUCAUUUCAGCUGCUUUCGUACACGACCAUGGACACGGCGGACAUGGUCAUUCACAUGGUAAACACGAACACUCACACUCAAACUCCGACGAAGAGGAGGGUUUACUAUCUAGACACUCGCAUGAUGAUGAUCAUGAACACUCACACUCACACUCACACUCCCACAACGACGAAAAUUCUCACGAUAACGAAAACUCUCUCCACCACAUGCAUAAUCACGUCAGACUACCACCACCAAUCGAUCCACAUGGCGAUUUGGGUAUGUUUGGUGUAUUUGUGCAUGUUGUAGGUGACGCUAUAAACAACAUUGGUGUUAUAGUAGUCGGUGUACUCAUCUUGAAGUUGAAAUCGGAAAAUAGAUUCUAUGCAGAUCCUGCAGCUUCACUGAUUAUAUCCAUAAUCAUAUUUGCAUCAGCGAUACCACUCACGUUGAAAACAGCAAGGAUAUUGUUGGAAGUCGCACCCAAAUAUCUCGAUUUGCAGGCUAUAGAGAGUGAUUUACUCUCCCUUCCAAACGUAGUUAGCAUCCACGAUCACCAUAUCUGGCAUCUCUCACAAACAGAUCUUCUGGCUACGCUGCAUGUUAGAGUACCUUCCUCACUCACUCUCACGCAAUGGCACACUGUGGAGAGAGAGAUGCGUCAGUGUUUGGCUGGGUUCGGUAUCAGCCACGUCACCAUCGAAGUUGAAGCUGAUGAUGUGGCUAGUAGGGGAUGCUCUGAAGGACAAUUAACGAGACAGAAUUCUGUUUGUUCGAUCAAUAAUUGA